CUCCAAGCCGCCACAACAACCAUCACAGUCCUUCGAACUCUGCACAGUCCUCGAAGUCGAAACCGUACAAUCUGAAGCCUGUAUUAAAAUCGAACAAAUUCUUCAUCAUGGCGGCGAACGGAGAUAGGUACGGCAAUGACAUGGAUUCAGACUCUGAUUCCGCCCCAGGCUCCCCUGGCUUGGAUGCGCAACAGGACUUUGAUGACCAUGUAGAUGACCUCGAAGAUAAGCCCAUCAAAUCCGCCCUCAAGAAAUCUUCACACAAGGAGCCUGCGCCGACGAUAAUACGCCCAACACUCCCUCCACAAACCGAGCCCAAAGACCUCGAUCUCAAAUCCUUGACCCCCCUCACCGCAGAGAUCAUUGCAAGACAAGCAACAAUCAAUAUCGGAACGAUUGGACAUGUGGCGCACGGAAAGUCGACGGUCGUGAAGGCUAUUUCUGGAGUGCAGACAGUGCGAUUCAAGAACGAAUUGGAGAGAAAUAUUACCAUUAAGCUUGGUUAUGCGAACGCAAAGAUCUACAAGUGCGAUAACGAGGAGUGCCCAAGACCAACAUGCUUCAAGAGCUACAAGAGUGAGAAAGAGGUCGACCCACCCUGCGAACGUGAAGGAUGUUCAGGUACAUAUAGAUUGCUAAGACAUGUCUCUUUCGUCGAUUGCCCUGGUCACGAUAUUCUCAUGAGUACUAUGUUGUCUGGCGCAGCAGUUAUGGACGCCGCCCUCCUUCUGAUCGCUGGUAACGAAUCAUGCCCACAGCCUCAAACCUCCGAGCAUUUGGCAGCUAUUGAAAUCAUGAAGCUAGAUAAGAUCAUCAUUCUACAAAACAAGGUCGAUUUGAUGAGAGAGGAAGGCGCAAACGCACACUAUCUGGACAUUCUGAAGUUUAUCCGAGGAACCGUUGCAGGAGGAGCACCAAUCAUCCCAAUUUCCGCCCAACUGAAGUUCAACAUCGAUGCUGUAAACGAAGCGAUUGUCAAUACUAUUCCUGUUCCUCUGAGAGAUUUCACCCAGGACCCACAGAUGAUUGUCAUUCGGUCGUUCGACGUCAACAAGCCAGGUGCUGAGAUUGAGGAGCUGAAGGGAGGUGUUGCUGGUGGCAGUAUUUUGCACGGUGUUGUAAAGCUAGGCGAUGAGAUCGAGAUCAGACCCGGAAUCGUGACCAGAGAUGAGAAGGGAGCUAUCAAGUGCACGCCCAUCUUCAGUAGAAUCGUCACCUUGAACUCCGAGAACAACGAGCUCAAGUAUGCAGUACCUGGUGGAUUGAUCGGUGUUGGAACUCGAAUCGACCCCACACUUUGCCGAGCUGAUCGUCUGGUUGGAUUCGUUCUUGGAUUGAAGGGCAGACUACCAGAUAUCUACAUCGAAAUCGAAGUCAACUACUACCUCCUCCGCAGACUCCUGGGUGUCAAGACUGCAGAUGGAAAGCAAGCCAAGGUUGCCAAGCUUGCGAAGAAUGAAGUUCUGAUGGUAAACAUCGGAUCCACGGCUACCGGUGCAAAGGUUGUGGCUGUCAAGCAGGAUGCCGCGAAGUUGGUUCUUACGAGUCCGGCUUGCACAAACGUAGGGGAGAAGGUUGCGUUGUCUCGUCGUAUCGAGAAGCAUUGGCGUUUAAUUGGAUGGGCUACCAUUGCAAAUGGUGUUACGCUCGACCCAAGCACUUCCUAA